GCAGUGCUGCCAAAAUGGAAAACUCCAAACUCUUUGGAGUCGUGUCAUGAAGGUUGCAUACUGUGUGGAAAUAGAAAUUGACUCUGCACUGCUUGGUGAUAAAUAUGAACAUUGUCUAGAUGCUCUUGCUAGAGAUAUUGAGCUUUUGAAGAUUGAGGCUGAAGAGCUCUAUGAUAGCAUAAAAUAUGGUAGUGAAACCCGGAGAGUUACGAAGACUACAAUUCGCAUGCCAUCACAAAUUGUUGCUCCAAUAUUUAAUGAAGCUCUAGUAGGUCUCAACGAUGAGGUGGAAAGCAUAAUUGAUAGACUUACAAGAGGAUCAAACCAGUUCGAUGUUGUUGCUAUUGUGGGUAUGGCUGGGCUUGGUAAGACAACUUUAGCCAAGAAUAUCUACAGUGAUCCUUCAAUAAAGUUUCACUUCCAUAUUUGUGCUUGGUGUACUGUUUCUCAAGUAUAUAGCAAGCACAAUUUGUUACUGCAGAUUUUGUGUGUAAUUGAUUCUAGGAGUUGUGACCAAUAUCAUAAGAUGAAUGAAGAUGAUUUGGCUGCAAAGCUGUACCAGCAAUUGAAAGGGAAGAGGUAUGUCAUCGUUUUGGAUGAUGUUUGGGACAUUGAGGGCUGGAAUUUGUUGAAACACUCAUUGCCAGAUGAUCGCAUUGGAAGCAGGGUACUCUUAACCAGCAGAUUUCAUAACUUGUCUUUGGAAAUUAAACCUGAUAGCAAGCCUCUCCAUCUUCGCCCACUUACUGAUAAAGAGAGUUUGGAAUUGCUGCAGAAGAAGCUAUUUGCCAAAGAAGAUUGUCCUCCAACAUUAAGUGAAGGUGUACUGAAUGUAGCAAAAUGCUGUAAGGGCCUACCUCUUGCAGUUGUCCUUGUUGCUGGAAUUCUUGCUACUACUCAGCAAGAUUGCUGGGAACAAGUCACAAGACGUCUAACUUCCACCGUUUUAGUGGAAAAUGAACACUGCAUGAAGACAUUGGAGUAUAGUUAUAAUUAUUUGCCUGAUUAUUUGAAACCAUGCCUUCUUUACUUGGGUGCAUUUCAGGAAGACCAAGACAUUCCUGUCCGAAAGUUGUUACGGCUUUGGAUCUCUGAAGGAUUGGUGCAAAAGAUUGAAGGAAAGAGUUUAGAGGAUGUGGCGGACAACUAUUUGAUGGAUCUGAUUGGGAGAAGUUUAGUUAUGCCUGCACAUCGAAGAUCUUUAGGUGGGAUCAAAGUUUGCCAAAUUCAUGAUUUGGUACAUCAGUUUUGUGUGACGAAAGCAAAAGAAGAAAAUUUUCUACGGAUUUUACAUGGGGAUGACCUUCUUACUUUUACUGGACCGUAUAACGCCCACCGGCUAUCCAUUUUCCCUACCACUAGUGAGGAACCUAUAAAGUCAAGGCUAUUUUUUCCCAAUUUGCGUUGUUUGCUCUUCUUUGAUUGUGAUUAUAGGCAGCAGCUGGACAGAAGCUCACUCAAAUUUCUGUUAUCCGGACUUCUUAGAGUGUUGGAUUUGGGGACGACAGUUGGUCCAUAUUUUCUAAGGGAAGUAUUAUUCCUUGUUCACUUGAGAUACUUGAGUAUUAGAAUAUUGGGCUCCGGGGAAAUCCCAUCUGCAAUAGCCAACCUCUCAAGGUUAGAAACUUUGGCUGUAGGAGGACCUUUUAUUAAUUUUCUGUUACCGAACACUAUCUGGAACAUUCAAACAUUAAAGCAUCUUGUCGUUUUCCCAAAUGAUAGUGGUUUCAAAUUUCCCAUCAACGAUCUUGAAGGCUCCCCAGAUUUAGAACACUUAGAAACUUUAUCCCUUGCAAUCGAUCCCUCUUCUGAAAGGCAAAGCUUGCAAAAGAUACUCUCAAAGUUACCGAGCAUCCGCAGGCUAAAAUGCGUGAAUGGGCAUGACAAUUGGAAUUCUAGAUACCACGCGUCUGCUGGAGAUCACGAUGGGAUUCUCAUGCUGAACUACUUGAGUCGUUUAGAAUCACUUAAGAUGGGUCGAUUUGCCGGAUAUGAGUUUGAAUUCCCAUUUAAUUUGAGAAAGUUGACUCUUUUACAGAAUCGUCAACCAUGGAGUAAAAUUUCAGCAAUUGGAAAGCUGCCCAACCUUGAAGUGCUUAAAUUAUGCCCUGUUUCCUUUGUGGGGGAAAAAUGGGAAAUGCAAGAAGGGGAGUUCCAAAACCUCCGAUACUUGAAAUUGUUUGGCUUGGACAUUCGCUGGUGGACUGCAUCUUGUGAUAAUUUUUGCUGUCUUGAGAAAUUGGUUUUGGAGAAUUGUUUUAGCCUGGAAGAGGUCCCCUCUUGUUUAGGGGAAACCCUUACUCUUGACAUGAUUAAGGUGAAAUGGUGUCAUGAGUCUGCCGUAAAUUCUGUGAAGCAAAUUCAGCAAGAGCAGAUGGAUAUGGGAAACAAGGAUCUGAAGAUGGUUAUUGUUGAAUGAAAACAUUGGUGAUGGUCCACGUCUUCUUCUUAGUGCCAACUCACACAUUUUUCGCAGCGGGUGCUGUUAAUCUGCCUUCCUUGAGUGGGCAGAGACACACAAAGCAGGGCGGGUUCCACUUGUCAGCUCCUUAAUUUGAAGUACCUAAAGGAGCAGAAUAUAUACAGAAGAUUGAAGGGACAAUAAAAACAAAUCAACAAACUUUUGGAGUGAUAGUCUUCUUGGAUUGCUGGCCUGCAUCAAAUUCCUCAGUGGGGAAAGCCCUCAAGUUGCUGGGAUGGUUCUUGAACUGAAACUUCCCUGUGGGCGGAUCAUCUAGUGCUAUCUCACUCAUUGGAGGCUUAGCAUGAGCUGUUUAUCCUUUCUGCUUUUUCUUCUUCUGAUCCGGUUCUAAGCAGAGACGCCCCAGAUUCAAGUGUCGUAGUUUACCAGCCUGCCAUCGCUGUUCUCGAUUUCCUCUCAUCACAUUUUGCAAUGGGUGCUGUUAAUGUAUCUUCUUGAGUGGGCAGAGACUCAAAAGCAGAGCUAUGUUCCACUUAUUAGAUAUGUGUGAUCCUUACAACCAGCUGAGCACGAAAACGGUUAGAGGAGGCAAAUACCACAUGCCAACAGAUGGACAUAGUGGAGCUAAGAGGAAAGAGAAGCUAUUGCCGGACCUACAGAUACACAAGCAAACCUGUGAUUCAAUGUGGUUAGUGUCACAUUGCAGAAUACUUUUGUGCCUCUUGAGAAUGUCAUUGGAUUUGUUGUUUUUCCUAAUUUCUUGUGUUUCUUCGAAUUCUAUCCUAAAGUCUGUUGCUGUUCUGAUCAAAUUCAGCCUAAAGAGCCUUGCAACUUCAAUCUGAAAAAUCCCAUGCUUGUCUUGCAAGUUUUUGACGUCUGAAUGCACUCAAAUGCCGUCGCUACACUAAGUGCUCUGCGAAUAUCAAGUAGGUCAAGAUGCACGUCCUUAAAUUCAGCUUGAAAUAGAAGUAAUCAUGUACAAUUUGCUUGAUAAAGUUGUCGUAAGGAGUUCUCCUGCUGUUACUUGUAAUGAUUUUCAACUAUUGAUUGAUAAGAGUUCUCCGUACGUUUAUCUCCUUUUAAAGCCAACAAUGACUAAAGCUUCUUAUCCCUGUGGUCCCCUGCUGAAAUUGAGAAUCAAACCAAAAGUGGGGCUCUACCGAAUUCCUUGCUUUUAGUUU